CCAGACAACUAACCUCACAACCUGCUGUGCGCACAAUAAUUAGGUACUGGCCGGCAGCUGAUUAGAUUCGAGUAAUUGAUGUUGCUGCUCCAUCGGUCUGCUGGAUCCCAAGCAAGCAGAUAGAAAGAGCAAGCACUUCCAAGGUGAUAGAUAGAGUGAUUAAUCUUGAGAGGUCGCCACUAUGGAUCUGGUGACGGGGGCCAUGGGCAACCUCGCCCCCAAGCUGCUGCAGCUGCUCCGAGAUGAGUACAAGCUACAGACGGGCAUGAGGGAGCGAGUGCAAUUUCUCUCAGAGGAGCUAGAGAGCAUCCACGCCGCCCUCCGCCAGGUUGCGGAAGUUCCGUGGGACCAGCUCGACGAGCCGGUCAAGGUCUGGGCACGCAAGGUCAGGGAGACGUCGUACGACAUGGAGGACAUCCUCGACACCUUCCUCGUGCGAGUCCAAGGCCGAGAGCCCGCCGACACAAGCAAGCUCAAACGCGCCUUGAAGAAGAUGGGCGACCUGUUCAGCAAGGGCAAGGCUCGCCGUGAAAUUGCAGGCGCCAUCGAAGACAUCAGGAAGCAACUUCAGGAGGUGGCCGAGCGGCGUGCUAGGUACAAAGUCGAUGAGAAUCUGGCUAACCCUGCCGCAAGGACGUCAACUAUUGAUCCUCGCCUUGCAGCUAUGUACAAAGAAGUGACGCAACUCAUUGGCAUCGACAAGGCAAGGGGCAAGCUCAUAUCCAUGCUGUCUUACCAGCAUAGGGAUGACGUGCCUGAGAAGGAGAUGAAGAAAGUUUCUGUUGUCGGAGUCGGGGGAUUAGGCAAGACCACUCUUGCCAAAGCAGUGUAUGACAAGCUCAAAGGGGACUUCAAUUGUGGGGCUUUCAUUCCGGUUGGCCGGAAUCCUGACUUGAAGAAAGUCCUCAGGGAUAUUCUCAUAGAUCUUGACAAGGAAUAUUACAGGAAGAAUUUCAAUAUGAUCAACCUAUUGGAUGAAAGGCAGCUCAUAGAUGAAAUCCGAAAGUUACUUAAGAACAGGAGGUAUUUCAUUGUUAUUGACGACAUAUGGGAGACACAAUCUUGGGAAACAAUCAAAUUGGCUCUUGUUGAGAAUAAUUGUGGAAGUAGAAUAAUCACAACUACUCGUAAAUUUGAAGUUGCUAGAGAAGCUGGUGAGGUUUACAAGCUACAACCACUUUCAUGUGACAACUCUAAAAAGUUAUUCUAUACAAGGAUAUUUGGUGGUGAAGGAAAAUGUCUUGAUAACCAACCGGAUGAGAUACCCGAUAAAAUUUUGAAGAAAUGUGAUGGUAUACCGUUAGCUAUCAUCACAAUGGCUAGUUUGUUGGUGGGUAAGCCAAGGGAAGAAUGGUGUGAGCUCUAUAGCGCUAUUGGUUUUGGACAUAAAGAUAACAGGCAUGUCGAAAAUACUAUGAGGAUAUUGUCUUUUAGCUACUAUGAUUUGCCUUCACAUCUAAGGAUAUGCUUACUGUAUCUAAGUGCAUUUCCAGAAGAUUAUUUUAUUGAGAAAGAUCCUUUGAUAUGGAAGUGGAUAGCUGAAGGUUUUGUCCAUGAGAAACAAGGAAAUUUGUCGUUAUUUGAGCUUGGAGAAGGAUACUUCAACGAUCUCUUAAAUAGAAGCAUGAUCCAGGCAGUGGAGAACGAAUGGGAUGGCAUUGUAGUAGGUUGUAGUGUUCAUGAUAUGGUUCUUGAUCUCAUCCGUUCCUUGUCAUGUGAAGAAAAUUUUGUUGCUAUAUUAGAUAAUGUUGAAGGCACAUUAUCACAAAGCAAUGUACGUCGGUUAUCCCACCAAAAUAGAACCGUACGGAACAAUACUCAUCAGGCUAACCAUAUGGACAUGCCACAAGUGAGGUCAUAUAUUGCUUCUAGGUGUCGUAUUAAUCGGUUGGUCCUGCUUUCGAGCUUUAAACUUCUACGGGUGCUAGCCAUAGAAAAUUGCAGAUUUGGGGGAGAUUGCCAUCUUGAGAAUGGCCUAUUUAGGGAAGAUUUCCAUCUUGAGAAUCUUGGGAAUUUACUUCACUUGAGGUAUCUUGGGCUAAGAGGCACAAAUAUUCGUGAGCUCCCGAAAGAAAUAGGGGAUCUCAAGUUUCUGCAGACACUUGAUGUGGCAGAAACUAGUAUAACAGAACUGCCCGCGAGCGUUGUUCUACUAACACAGUUGGUGUGCCUACGCGCUGAUUGGUUGAACACGAGUGUGCUGGAUGGGAUUGGAAAGCUGACGUCCUUGGAGGAGCUGAAAAUACUUGUUGGCAGGGACGACAAGUCCCAGAGGCGGUUUGUGAAGGAGCUGGGCAGCCUGAGGGAACUGAGGGUGCUCGAGACUAGUAUUGAUGAUGUGAUGGAUGAGAGCCAGCAGAGAGAGUUAGUGGAGUCUCUACGCAAUCUCCACAAGAUCCAGCAUCUAACACUUUAUAUUUAUACUCCGGAAGUAGUGGAUAUAGCCACGUGGGAAGCAGCAGGCUUUACCCUCCCGCGACAUCUCCGAUAUUUGGCUUUAUAUUGGAUCGAGUUCUCUAGGCUGCCGUCAUGCAUUAAUCCCACACGUCUUCCCAACCUCACCUCCUUGGAAUUGUGUGUGGCUAGUUUGGAUGAGCGGGAUCUGAACCUCCUUGGUUGGCUAACGGAGCUCCGUUAUCUCCAGCUUUUUUUCGAGUCCACGGUAACAGUAAGUGAUAUUAAUGCCAGUGAUGGCUGCUUCCAGAACCUGAGGGUGUUCUCGUUGCCACGUUCAAUGGUCCAGUUUGAGCGCAACAAGGAGGACUCGAGCGUUUCACUUCAUAUAUGGAAUGGAACCGAUGCGAUGCCCUUCAAGUGCUCUACAGAAAACGACUGCAGCCUUUGUGCUAUACCCUCUGCCGUGAUGCCAAACCUUCAAUCCCUUUCCACUGCUGUCUUUGUGCGGGCCUUAAAGGAUGGCAACGGUGACUGUGACAAUAUUAUUGGCUUGGAAUAUCUCACUUCGCUUCGAGAAGUCCAGGUGUGGAUCGACUGCCAGGGUGCGUCUGCUGCUGAGGUGGAUGAAGCGGAGGCUGCGCUGAGGAACCAAACCGAUGUCCAUCCCAACCGUCCAACACUUCAAGUCAUCAGAUGGAAUGGAGCCAAAAUGAUCUCAUCUGUCCAAGAUCAAGAGCCAGAAGACGAUAAUCUACCCAAAGAAGAAGAAGAUGAUGAGAAGCAACAGGAGGAGGAGGUCUUGCUGACGGCUGAUGAUGCUGUCGCCAAAUUAAGCUUAGUUGACGGCUGAUGAUGCUACAUGUACGUACGUACUCUCUCCGCAUCCUAUUCCAUUUCGAUCCAUUGCAUUUUUCUGCUUCUUCAUGUUGAGUGGUGUUGCUAGCUGGAUGUACUCUGUUUCUAGGCACCAUUCAACUCUGAUUCUGGCUGUCCUCUCCACAUGCCGUUUCUGUGUAUGUACGUUGCAUAACAAUUUAAACAGAUUUCUUGGCAGCCUUUCGCAUGCAGAUGUCCAGCUUGGCUUGCUCCUCGAUCAGAGUUUGUGACGCGAGUUGAUUUCUGCUGGGACGGUGGCAGUAUUGUACGUUGUUCGCUUCUUCAGUCGGGGUCUACGUUCUCCUCCUCUGAAUCUGUAUCCAUCAUUUGGCUUGAUCAAAGUUUCAGUUUACUGCUGCUUUAAACCUUUAUAAUAUUGCUCAUGCUGAACUGCUGGCUUGUUAGAUUCUUUCUUCAGUGUAGCAUCUGCGUGCAAGCAAGUUUGGAACAUAUAUAUAUGUUGUGUUGAAGGAGGCAUACAUAAUUACAUAUGUGUUGUUCGCCUCA